AUGUCUGGUGGUCACAAGAACCUGGAUAUAGAAGGACACAAGGGACUUACUACCGAAUUCACUGCCAGUCUUAUGACUUCUCUUGCAACAAACUUUGACACACGCAAGACGCGUAACAAACUAGGGUCUGAUGUCAUCCUCGAAUAUGAAACGCUGACGAAAUCUUAUUUGGAAGGCUCGUCAUACUUUCACAAUGUUCUUAAAAAUGGAGAUUUUAAAAAUGACAAACACCACAUUGGAAACUUUGUCCUCAACCUGAUCCUGCCUCUUCCUGUUGUGGGAUCUCUAACUGGGGCUAGCCGUAACCGGUUCAGUAAAAGAGUGUUUUUAAAUUUGUUUGAUGAUUCCUUAUUUAGGAUAGAAGAAGUUACUGCUGGGAGUUUGAGUGAAGGACGGUAUAGUUCCGGUCCUGCCUCAACCAUCGACGUUGAAGACGACAUCAAUAAUUUGUUUUCUACAGAUUACGUUGUCUGUUUGCCGUGUCCAACAUGGCCGCCACAAGCGAGGAGCUGGAAAUAUAGAACACGAGUUUGGCCAAGCAAGGGACUGGUGAAAAAGAUUGUAAGGGGCGGUUGUCAUCUUGUUUCAAAAGGUUAUAAAGGAAGCCGAGAAUCGAAAGAAGAGUUCAUUUUUUCAUUUUCUCUUUGCGAUAAAAUGCUGUCCAAAUCUCUCAGUCUGAAUCAGAAAAGAUGUUAUAUGUUGUUCAAAUAUAUUUUUAAAUUCCAUAUCAACAAAGUGCCAAGAGGUCUUGCUAGUUUUUUUUGCAAAGUAACAUUUCUCUGGCUCUGUGAAACGAAACCAGCAGAAGAAUGGAAGGAUGAAAGUCUUUUAGAAUGUCUGAUAUUGUUGUUAGGUCAACUCAAACGAUAUCUUCAACACUAUUAUCUGCCACAUUACUAUAUCCCAGACUACAACUUGGUGGCGGAUAUGAAAAAGUCAGAUAUAGAUGUUUGUGUACGAGAUUUGGAAAAAGCAAUGGCAGAACCAUGGCAGAUCAUUCUGAAAUUAACAGAAAAGCAUCGUUUUCGGUGGCUUUCAAGAGACGUUUCGCUCUCAGAUAUCUUAAAAAAAGUGAGUUCGGGUGUAGAAAACCCAUUCUUUGAAAUCAAGAAUUAUUUGUUAUCAUUUUUUAAUGAGAUGCUGGACAAAGGCGAAGGCUUGCUUGUUCUUUCUAUAAUUUCCAAACAAUGGCACUGGGCCUCUUAUAUUCAAGUCGAUACUGAUAUUUACAUUCGUCAUCUGGAAGAGAUGAUUGCCUACCUUGAAGGGAGUGGUGAUCUUGUAUGUCUUAAGGCUCUCUUAGCAAACUUAUAUCAUCAACGUGAAGUGGAGAGGGGAGGCGGGAAUGAAGGUAUGAAGAGUUGUUUUAUAUACAAGGACACCCUUUAUGCUGCCAGAUCACACACUUGGAUAUACGCUUGUUUCUACGACCUAUUAUUCUAUCUCCAAGAAUAUGAUUUAAUAAUUAAGGACUUUAUACAAAAUAUAAAAGAAGAUAUUUUGUAUACGCCUGGAAUGUAUUCUUCAAUAACGACUUAUAACAGGUUUACGACCCAAGAUUUUGCAGAAAUGCUAGGGCAUGUACUGUUUCCUACGACAGCAUAUAUACUAUAUCAAGUUGUACGCGCGUACGAAGCCUUGUCUCAGACAUCGAAAACCUUAUAUAAACAAUGGCUGUACAACAAUGAAGCAAGAAAAGCAUUGAAUCACCUCAAAAGAUGGACAAAGAGAAAAUGUCAAAUGUAUCCAGAACUGUUCGAUGACCACCUUUAUUUUCUCGUUGGAAAAGCGUCGGAAAUGGUCGGGGAUAUGGAGACUGCGGAAGUAUUCUUUAAAGAGACACUAAGCUACGGCAUAUCAUUUGUUUGUAUUGAGCCCGAGCGAGUUCCUGUUGUGCCCCCGUAUCGGCUACAGAUUCUCAAAGGACAAUUUGAUUGCAAGCUAUUGCGGUUUCAGCCGUACAGAAAAGUGAAGAAACGGUCAAAGCAACAUGAUACAUUUAUAUUUAAGGCUGGUAUUGCAAGAGUUGGAGAAUACGUACAUUAUUGAAAAUAUCAAUCAGUUUAGUACAUGUAUUUAAAGCUUUAUGCAGUAAAACGGUAAAUGAUGUAGACUAAAGACAAAUCAUAGUCCCAUAACACAUGUUCAUCAGAAGUGACGCUCAGAACAUGAAAAACGGACAAAUACACGGGGAAAAUGAAGUUCAAGGAAUUCAUAAAGGCGAAAUGUUUACUUAUAUUUUAUAUGCAGCUGUCAGUUUUUGUGCAAAAUAAUUGAAUAAGAAAUUGUAUUGCAUAUUUCUUGUUAAUAGAUCAUGUCCUAAAUAUGGCAAAACACAAUAUAAUAUUGAUGACAAUA